UUUCGUGGGCGCAUCGACAUGCAUCGGGGAUCUCGGUUGUUACUCUGGACGAAUAAGGCUCUUAAUACGCAAAUUUUGUUGCUCGUACUCGUAUUCUCAGGAUUGGACUAUUUCACUAAUAAUUUCUGUAUUGCCGGUGGAAGCUCUGAUGCAAAAGCAUGUCAACAAAUAAACUGUAAAAACAGAGAGGAGUGUGUGACGAGAAAAUUUUGGUGCGAGCAUUCGCCAUGUCCAAGCAUAACUUACUGUUCAAAAUCAAAGAAAGACUCAUUGAAAGGUCCUGAGAAUUGCGAUUCGGUCCUAUGCACUGCAGGAUAUACAUGCGUCGUUCAAAAUCGUGAUUGCGAAUGGAAUCAAAGUUUUAUGCGCACCGAGUGCAAGGAGCACACCGCCAGAUGCGUCUCCGAAUGGGAAUUGAAGAUCAACUCGGUCAGCUGCCUGGACUCCAGCUGUCCCACGGACCACCGGUGCAUCCUCAGGGAGAGCCAGUGUAACCAGGCACCCUGCAAGCUCACCAAGACCUGCGCCUUAGCCACAGACGGCAACAAUUACAGCAAGAACGUGUACUGUCGGGGUUGGGUCUGUCCCCCGUACCAGGAAUGUAUGGCAGGAGUGAAAAUGCCUUGUCACCAUGAUAAAUGCCAAAUUAUUCGGUCCUGCCAAGGAUCGCUGACACCACGAUCGAAUGCAUCGCCAGAUAUCCAAAAAAAUAUAACAAAGGAGUAUUCACAAACGACCCUCGCGGAUCUUGAGAGGGACACGAUUCUUGAGAGAAACAGCAAACCGCAGAAAAAUUUCAAACCAAUGAUUAUAUGGAAUGACACUAGAAAGAUCAAAUCUGAUCAGUACUACGAUGCAAUAACACCCGAGAGGCUUGUCACGUCAUCCCCAACUAUACGUAGCACAUCCACGGAAGAUUUGCCUUGGUUGACCUAUUUUAAGAACAAAAUCGGUUCUCAAACCAUUCAAUAUUGGAUUCAAAAGUCAAAGAACAACGAGAAUUAUGAGGGAUUCGUGAACUGGCUGGAAUCCAUCUCGAACGUCUUAGACAAGGAAACUUUUCGACUCUGGUUGUACGAGCUUGAAAAUAUAUCUGCUAAUAUCCCGCAGUUUCAAGCGUGGAUCUUACUAUAUAGUCUCAACGCUGGUCCUUUCGAUUAUCUUAAUCGAAAUCGGCCCUUAAAAAACACUGAUGAAACAAUGGCGACUAAUGAAUAUAACACUGAUGCUCCUGUCGAGAAUCAGGGAGUGUCUACCAGAAUACAUCAUGGAUCUGAAUUUGACAGCACGAGCCCGCAGCACCAUUCGCACCCAUUGAAUUUCCAUUUCAAUGAGCCGCAGCGAGUCGACGAGAUUCCGAAAUUCUAUACGAAAAUGCAGAAAAAGAAAAUCAUUGCUCCUUCUAUAUCACAGUCGAUGCUACUUCCUCUAUUAUACGGUAUUCGUAAUCACAAAAUGGCCCACAACUCUAAUUUGCCCAACUACAAAUACGAGAUAUCUAAGUUGCACGUUAAGCCACAAAAUCACAACAAUAUCAAUAAGACGUUAUUGAAGCCAUGGCAAACUUAUUAUUGGCCUAACUCUACUACAACGAAUAUCCCGAGAUAUUCACCGCAAUUGCCAAUUCCCGUUACGAAUUAUUAUAAUAAUGCUUAUAACAACUACAGUCGAGAAUAUAAAAAUCCCAGGCAAGAUGUAGAUUUAAACAUGGAUAUGGAUCGUCAGCAGCAAAUGCAAUGGUUGUUAACGAACAAUAAUAGAAACGUGCAACAAUUAUCGGACUUGAGCUCUAAUCAAUGGUCUCCGGAAGAUUCAGUAAAUAAUGUAUCAUUGAAAAAAAUACAAAUCAUCGACAAUGAUCUUCACAGGAGAGAAUUCAGUCCAGAGAAUGAGCGUGAAAAUGAGAAUGUAUCUAUGGAAGUGAAUUCUUUAAUUAAUCAAAUAAAAGGUGAAGGUCUUUCGAGAAAUGAUUACGCACAUCAAAAUAUUCUUAAAGCAGAUAAAAAUGAAAAUCCUCACGUAUUGCGGUCGCCGAUUUACGCAAAUAACAAUCUACCGAAAUUAUUGAUAUACUUUCCCCCGCCGUUUAAUUUUUUCCUUUAUUAUUCUGUUAAAAGCCAAAGUCAAAACACAAGCGAUAACUCUUUUCAUAUAUUAUCUCCUACUAAAACAAAAUAUACCCGGAUGAUAAAACCGUGGCAAAAUUAUAAUCAUCAAAAGACAAAUGAAAACAAUUCGGAAAAAAAAAUCGAUAAUUCCAAUAAGUUUAAUUUUGAAAAAAAUACAGAGCAGUCGAUUAAAUUAAAAAAGCAGUAUAAGCAGAAGGAAUUCGCGUACAUUCGAAAAAUUAUUAGAGAAUUAGUAGAAUAUUGGGAUGACGAAGAAAAAAAUUUAGAAAAUUUUACAGAAUAUGAUUAUGAUAAUAAAGAAGAGAAUAAUUCAUUAGAUAAUAAAAUGACAAAACCAGUGUUUAAUGCUUUCUUAGAAUGGCUGUCGAAAAAGAAUUACAAAGAUUUGCCGAAUCUGAAUCAAAAGUUACGUAAAAAGCAGCCACUUGAUAAUGAACGAUUAGAAAAGCAGCAGAUCGUGGACGAGAAUUAUAAUCACAAUCAACUAAGAUCAGCUAAUUUUACCACCGAUACGAAUAAUUAUAUGAAUAAUUCGAAUGAUUUAGUUACGAAGAAAAUUCGCAUUCUCGUGGAUAUUGAAAAGAAUCCCGAAAUACUUCAAUCCUUUUUCAAAAGACACUCAAGCGCUCAUAACAAUAAAUCUGAUAACCACGACUAUCAAAUCAUUAUUAAUUUACAAGACUUUUUCGAUUCGAAGGAAGAGGAUAGAAUAUCUCGUAAAUUAGUUCAUAUUGCGUCGAAUCAGCUGCACAGGAAUUUAACGAGGAAUCAAAAAUUGCCAAAACUGCUUUGGAUAUUUCCGAUUUACGAAGACGAAGAGAAUGAUACGCUCAUCACUGAACUUGAGAAUCACCCGGAUCACUUUAGUACGACAGAUGAAAAUAAAUCAACGCCUUAUAAAUUCGACGAGUCGCAAAAUGUUAUGAAUUAUUUACCAAAUAAAACCAAUAAUAAAGUUCCGAAGAAUCAAAAAGAUAAUUCGAACAUGAUAAAGCAUGAUUUACAAAUUACCGAACACAAGAAAAAUGAUCGCCCUAAAGCUAAAGAACGAUCCGAAUCAAAGAAGGAUAAUAAUAAUAACAAUAAUCAUAAGAAGCAAGAAGGCUUCAAGGAUCGGCAAAAUAAAAGAAAUAUUAAAAAAACGAAAGCCAAACAGCAAUUAGCAACAUAAAGGAAGAGUAAUAGCGGCAAAAAUAUCUAGAAAUUAUUCUUCGAUUGUUCAACAAUCUCAAAG